AGCAAGUGAAGGGAAUAGCUCUCUGUUCCGAGGCCGAUAACUAAGUGUCAGUAGUCAGAGUCGACCCGAGUCGAGGUUCAAACCGAGUGAGCACUAUGAUCGAUCGGAGGAGCACAACCUUAUUGGCCCUGGUAGCUUUUCUGGUCUCCGUUGAAGCAGCUACCCUUUUAGGCGCGCCACCUUGUCCCGACCCCCAUGGCGUUCAUGCAUACGCCCAUCCCGAGAGCUGCAAUGCCUUCUUUCUCUGUACGAACGGCACCCUGACCCUUGAGUAUUGCGAAAACGGAUUGCUUUUCGACGGCCAUGGAGCCGUGCACGAUCAUUGCAACUAUCACUGGGCCGUGCAUUGCGGAGAUCGCAAGGUUGACCUAACUCCAAUUAGUAGCCCCGGUUGCGAGUAUCAAUUUGGUCUCUAUCCUGCCAGCGACGCAUGCAGCACCACUUACGUUAGGUGUGUCCACGGGCAUCCUGAAGAGGCGCAUUGCGACGCGGGAUUAGUUUAUGAAUCAAAAAGCCAUAAUUGCGUCUGGCCCGAUCAACUGUUACCUUACUGCAAUCCGGAGGAAGUGGUUGGCUUCAAAUGCCCUCACAAAGUCCCUGCCCACAGCGCGGCUGCUAAAUUUUGGCCCAACCCCAGAUUUCCCGUACCUGGAGAUUGUGGUAGAUUAAUCACUUGUGUCGACGGAUAUCCACGGUUGCUUACCUGCGGUGAUGGGAAAUUGUUCGAUUCUGUGAGCUUAAGUUGUUUGGAUCCUGAUGAACUGCCUCAUUGUGCCAAUAAUCUUUAA